AUGUCGAAAAUAAAGGCUGGACCCGUUGUUGACGUUCUCGGUGAUGAAAUGACGAGAAUCAUUUGGGAUUUAAUUAAAGAUAAACUAAUUUUACCAUUUUUGGAUAUUGAAUUGCACGUCUAUGACUUGGGAUUGAAAAAUCGUGAUGAAACUGAAGAUCAGGUGUCAAUUGACUGCGCUAAUGCUAUCAAGAAGUAUAACGUUGGUAUCAAAUGCUCCACCAUAACCCCUGAUGAGAAAAGAGUUGAAGAGUACAAUUUAAAAAAAAUGUGGAAGAGUCCUAAUGCUACCAUUCGUAAUAUCCUUGGGGGAACUCUUUUUAGAGAAGCCAUCGUCUGUAAGAAUAUCCCACGUCUCGUCACUGGAUGGGAUAAGCCGAUCAUAAUCGGACGUCACGCGCAAUAUAAGGCGACAGAUUUUGUAGUUCCUAGCGCGGGUAAACUAGAACUUAUAUUUACUCCUGAAUCGGGUGAGCCUAUAAGAUAUGUUGGAAAUGAGUAUAAGGGAGCAGGUAUUGCUCUUGGUAUGUUUAAUACAGAAGAAUCAAUUAUUGACUUUGCACAUUCAUCCUUCAAAUACGCCUUGGGUAGGCAAUACCCUCUAUAUUUGAGCACAAAGAACACCAUUCUCACAAAGUAUGAUGGCCGUUUCAAGGAUAUUUUCCAAGAGAUCUAUGAUAAGGAAUACAAGAGCCAGUUUGAAAGUGCCGGUGUUUGGUAUGAACAUAGGUUAAUCGAUGAUAUGGUUGCUUACGUCAUGAAAUCUGAAGGUGGUUUUGUAUGGGCCUGCAAGAAUUAUGAUGGUGACGUGCAGUCAGAUUCUGUUGCUCAAGGAUACGGAUCUUUGGGUCUCAUGACCUCAGUUUUAAUUUGCCCUGAUGGAAAAACUAUUGAAACUGAAGCAGCUCAUGGUACAAUCACGAGACAUUACCGUUUCUACCAAGAAGGAAAGGAAACCUCCACAAAUCCCAUUGCUUCUAUCUUUGCCUGGACCAGGGGACUACUACACCGCGCAAAAUUAGACAACAAUUAUGAACUUAAGAACUUCGCCGAAACUCUUGAGAGUGUUUGUAUCAAAACCAUCGAGUCAGGAAUCAUGACUAAAGACCUCGCUAUUUGCAUCAAGGGCGUGAACAACGUUAAGAGGUCUGAUUACUAUGAAACAUUUGAGUUUAUAGAUAAGUUGGCUGAAAAUUUAAAGAAAAGCUUAAGAAGCUCUAGAUUGUGUAAUCUU